AUGGACCGAGGAGGCUUGAGUGGGGGAGCAAAGCUGGGGGAGGUGGCGGUGGCAGCUGCCUGGGCCGCACUCACAGGCACAGCCAUUGUGACUGCACUUCCAGGUUUCAGCUCAGAGAGGCGGACGACCUGCCCACAGUCACACAGCACUUGCUCAGGGAGCUGCUUCCUGUGCCUGGUGGACGUGGUACCUGUGAAGAAUGAGGAUGGAGCUGUCAUCAUGUUUAUCCUCAACUUCGAGGUGGUGAUGGAGAAGGACAUGGUGGGGUCCCCGGCCCAUGACACCAAUCACCGUGGGCCCCCCACCAGCUGGCUGGCCCCAGGUCGCGCCAAGACCUUCCGCCUGAAGCUGCCCGCCAUGCUGGCUUUAACAGCCCGGGAGUCCUCGGGGCGGCCGGGUCCUCUUGAGCUGGCUUCCAUGACACACUGA